UAUCCAAAAAGCAGGUUUUAUUCUCCAUGGAGGCCCACGCCACUCUCGACUUUACUGCGAGCACAGACAAGGAACUGAGUUUCAAACGUGGAUCAGUAAUUAAGAUUUUGAAUGAAAAUCAUGGCAACGACUGGUGCACUGCGGAGCAAGAGGGGAGAGAAGGCUUGAUUCCCAAGAACUAUAUCCAAAUAAAACCACACAGCUGGUUUAAAGUGGACAUGUUUCAAGCCAAAGCUGAGGAACUGCUGAAGAAACAAAGACAUGACGGAGCCUUCUUCAUCUAUGAGAGCAGCCAGACUCCAGGGGACUUCCAGCUUGCUGUCAAGUCCUCAAAGUCCAUGAGUCCUCGAGUGUGGUGAUUGGGAUUGGGCCGGAAGGUGGACCUCUCAUCUCAAUAUGCAGUAAAGCAUAGGGUUUAUACUGACUUCACACAGUCACACAAGCAACUGCAAGUGUAAGUUGAGUCACAGUUAUCUACAUUAGGCUUCAAGGUUAAUAUUUG